GUGACUGUUAACGGCUGCCGCUGGCGGGGCGCUCGUCAGCCUUGGCACCGCCGCCCUGCGCUGGGCAAGGCGCCGGUGCCCGUGAAGAACGUGGGGCAAGCAGCCUUCCCUGAAGCCCAAGUGUGAGCCUGGAGGUGGCUGCCCGGGUCCGCUCCGUGCCCGGCGCGGGUGUCUUAGAUUUUCUACUCUACCAUCAUAUGGGAGUAACUGUAAAAUAAAAAUAAAAAAUAAAAAUCCCAACCAACCCUACAGCUUGAAUUGAACUGAAAGUAAAUACUCUGAAGAUGGCUUUUAAUAACUCAGUUUCUUCUUUUGUAAGAUCAUUGACCCGUCAAUCAGACUCUGACCAUUUCAGAGAUAAGAAGCUGGGAUUUCAUUGGCUAUUAUGACUAGAGCACCUUUCCACAUAUUAAGAAAUGGUGUAAUAAUUAACAGGAAGAAUACACUUGAAAUAUGAAACAGGAUAUCUCUGGAGGUAGAGUGAAAUACAACUGCAUUCCUAGGAUCUUAAACUUUUAUACUGAACUUCAAGUAUUGAAAAGCUGGAUUAGCUCCUGAAUUUCGUUUCUGGUGUUCCUACCUCUGCAGAAUUACCUAUUGCAGCAACUUAUAUUAGCAACAUUCCCAAAAUAUGUAGCUAGGUGUCUGCAUUUUAAUGAACACUUGUAGCUGUAGCUGAGUAUUUUAAAAUUACAGUAUAGCUUUUUUUUUCCCCCCCAAAAAGGGAUCUUUUGUGCUGUGUAAGGUGGGCUUAUUUUUAAUAAACUAGAAAAAGCUAGUAACUUCUUGGUUAGUAUGAUACUAUGUAAAUGAAUUAAAGCUAAUUCUAAAUCAUCUGCUCAGGUUUCACUGACAUCUUAGUGCUUAUUAAAUAUUUAUAAUUUAUCAGUAAUAUCCUGAAACCUUCCAUUUCAUGAAAUAAUCACUUAAUACAGUAUUUCAUGCUAAUCGAGCAUGUAAAAUACUGCAUUUCUAGACAGCUUUUAAACUGAUUUUAGAUAGCUCUAGUAUUUUUAAUCCUUUAGUUGAAACUGUAAUUUUCUGGGAGGUGAAAUAUCUUCUAAAUAUACUGUGACAGUUUCCCACAGGCAUUUAUUUCACAUGGAUUAAAAUGAAGUACUGAAUAGUAAAUUCACAUUUGGCUGUUUAAUUAGCAAUAAUAAAUGAAGAUAAGCCUGCUCAAUAAUUAACUUAAAUUGAACUUCACUAUAAUUCUGCAUUUGCUACAUGUUUCCAAGUAUCAGAAUCAGAAAUUAAGCCCUAUUGUAAAUAACUUCUCUUUCUAUGGAAGUUUGACACAAUAAAUAACUCACUUUUUUAUUUCGUACAUUUCAUUUUAUAGGCUUUAAGUGGUAAAGUGGUGUUUUUACCAGUUAAAUUAUGAAGUAGUCCUUUGAAUUUUAGGUAUUUUUAAAAUGUUACAAAAAGGCCAAAUAUAAUUUUUGGCAUUUACUAAUGCUUAGUGUUGUAUUUAUUGCAUAAACCAUAUUGUUUAAAGACAAAUUUACACAGUGAUAAAAAAUGUCAAAAAGACCUCAAAUUCAUAUUUUUGUGGGAGCACCCAGUAUUCCAAGCCUGCUGGAGGUGUCAGUGCAAAGUAGUUCAGCACCUGCUGCUGAAAAAUGGAGAGAACUCCACUACUCAUGUGACAUACAUCUUUUUUCAGAAAAAGUCAAAGGUCCUGACCAUGUAGUGUUUGAGGCAGAAAGCUCUGUAGUCACAGCAGUUCCUACAGAUGAUGACAGCUCUCAGCAAUCUAAACAGGGGAGAUUAAUGGCAGCAAAAGAGUAUUUGACAUCUUUUAUACCUGUGGCAGUAACUUGUAGCAGCACACCUAAAAAGACUGAAAGCUUAAUUUAUUCUGAUUGUCAAAUAUGUAAAGAUAAAUGCACACACGCAAAUGUAAAUCAAGCUGCAGACCAACACCUUCCUCAAAAAUUUGCAGAAUCAGAUAGGCAGGAUAAACAAUCACAUGGCUGUUAUUCAAAACUCACUGAAAGAAAAGCCAAUCAUUUAGAAGUUAACAGCUCUGACAUUUCUGAUUUGGUUGCCAGUACUAAGCAGAUUAGCAUACAUCUAAGGUCUGCGGGACAAGGUUUUCAAUCAGAUCACAGAAGUGAUUGCCAUGAAGAUCUAACUCAAUAUCUGGAUAUGUUUUUCCCCAAAGAUCAAGAGUCAAAACUGAAAGGAGAACCACAUGAUUGUUCAGACCUUGCAGUGUCAACUGAUACUGAAUUUCGUAGUAUAAUGACUUCAAGUCAGAUGGCUGUUUUUGCACAGGAUCGGAAUGAGAUGCAGAAAAGAAUCAUAAAACUAUCGGAAACAGAAGCAGGCAAAAAAACUAAAGAAAGACAGUAUGACUACUUCCAAUAUGAUUCUGAUGUUGGAAUGUGUUUUGAUGUGGCUGAAAAUGAGUAUAAGGAAGAAUAUACAAGUUCCCUUGAACUUUUCAGUUCUGAGGGUGAUGGGAAAAAUGUUUGCUUUGGAGCCAUAAAACAAGAAGGAAAUGCUCAGGAAAAUAUAGAGAAGUCUCAAGAACUUAAUGUUCCUGUUGAGCAAUUUGUAAAUGAAAUCCAUAUUGAACCACUGAGCUCAGGAAUAUUGUGCUCUCAAGUAGACAGUUCUCAUAAGAGUUCUUCUAAAAGAGCCCGCAAGUGUGAAGAUUCCUUUCAUAUUUUUCACUCAGUGUUGAAAACACAGCUGAAAUCAAAGAGAGCUAAACUGAAUUCUUCUCCAGCUGGUCCUGGGAUGAGAGUGGAUCAAGAGAGAGUGACAGAGUUCAAGAAACUUCAAAAGAAACUAUCACCACUUAAGAACUGCUGCUGCAAAAAUCAGAAGUACAAUGUUUUGGUCACAAUAGUACAUCCUUGUCAUAUCAAAGAAAUACAGGUGAAGACUAGACCAAAACCUUCUUGUAAAGUUCCUGUAGCAACAAUUGUAGUUAUUGACCAGUCGGAAAUUGAGAGAAAGGUGGUGCUGUGGCGUGGUGCUGCAUUUUGGUCACUCACUGUGUUUCCUGGGGAUAUUGUACUGCUUACAGAUAUAAUAAUGUAUGAGAAUCUUUGGUAUGGAGAAAUCAUGCUGCAAUCUACAUUUACCAGUCAGCUACUGAAUCUAGGAAACUGCUCUGCCCUCAAUCCAGAAGAAUUUUAUCCUGUAGUGGAUGGUGGUGUUCUCCAUGGUUUAUUGGCAUACAUAUCAUCAGAAUUUCCGCACUUUGGAGACAUUCCUCGAAGGCAAGUUCAGAGACUGGAUAGUGUUCAGUAUGUGCAGCUAGACCAGCUCCAGCCAAAUGCAUUGGUUCACUCAAUCUUGAAAAUCGUCAAUAUUGCUGUAUUAACAGAAUCUGUGUAUAGCUACAGAGGUGGCAACCAAAGAAAAAUUAUUCUAACAGUAGAACAAAACAGAGAUCAGCAAUAUAGGAUGGUGCUGUGGGGAGCAGGGGCUGCCUGGUGCCCUCAACUUCAAAGGAAAAAAGAUCACAUAUGGGACUUUAAAUACCUUCUCGUUCAACACAGUUCUGUCUCGGGUGACUUUGAACUGCACACAACUCCAUGGUCAUCCUAUGAGUGCUUGUUUGAUGAUGACAAAAGGGCAAUUGAAUUUAAAGAAAAGUUUCAGAAAAGCAAAACAUCCCGCAUGCAGAUGACAAAGCUCUCAACACAUCUGGAGGAAAAAUGCUCAGGAGUCAUUCAAGUGAAAGCCCGUAUCUUAGAACUGAAGUUUACUGUUUCAACUGGUCAGUACAAGCAACUCAUCUUCCGUGCUGACACUUCACUGGAGUGUCUUUUGGCUGCUCUGCCUAUGAUUACAUAUUCGGGUUGUGCUAAAUGUGGUUUGGAACUGCAGGCAGAUGAGAACAUGAUCUACAAGCAAUGUAUUAGAUGUUUGCCGUACAAUAAAGUAAAAGCAUUCUACAGGCCUGCUUUGAUGACAGUAGAAGAUGGAGGAUAUGAAAUUUAUGUUCAUGUGGUGUCUGAGUUGAUGGAAAAAAUCUUCCUCAAUAUUCCUGCAGGCUGGCUGAACAGAUUAGUAGUCCCCUCUUCAGAUAUAACUUACAGCACAAUAGUAGCAGAUCUGUGUCAUUUGCUGCUAGCAGAUAUGGAAGCAUCCUAUUUGUUGGAAAUUAGGAGCCAUUUUGUGCUAGAUGAAAACAGCUAUCCUUUGCAAAAGGACUUCCAUCUGCUAAAUUUCCAUCCUGAUCUUUGAAGCAUUGACCUCUGCGAUAACUGAGUAACAGAGACUAUAGGAACACACAGAUGGCCAACAGAAGAAAAAUGAAUUAACUCAAGGAAGCAAAUAUUUUUAAAAAUACAAGAAAGGAUUUUGUUUUUAACUUACACAAAAAAACACCAAAAGGACUGGUAUGGAAUAUCUGCUAAUAGUAUAUACUGUUGCUGUACUACUGAUAAAUUGUUAUAAAGUAUAUUUUUAUACAUGUAUUUUAUCUUAAUAAACUCUUACUGGGUAUCUGUUUUCCUUUCCUCCUCAGGAAAGCUCACUAGUAUGGAGAGACUGAGUUCUUCUCAGAUAUAGCAGCUUAGAGGAAGACAGACACAAUUCAGUAAUGUUAUUUUAGUUAUAAGAUUUUUGUGUGUCUUAUCCUGUACAUUAUCUGUAACUUGGUUAUGCAUUUGCUUGCUUUGUUGUGGUUGCUUACCUUCUUUUAACAGCAGAAUUUCUGCCACUUACCCUCAGCAAUUUUGCUGACACUGUUUUCUCUUGUAAAACAGAACUGUCUCACUGAAUCUAAUUUUGUGUAUCUAGAAGUUGUUGCACCAAAUUAAGAGGUUUUAAACAGCUUAAACUGGUGCAUUCUUUCAUGGACUGUUUAGAUUAUUUAAUUUUUGUAGCAUUUAUUGUUGUAGUAUCUAUCCAGCAUAAGCUGGCAAAUAACUUAAUUGCCUUAAGCCAGUUUAAUCAGUUUAACACUGGUCUGUAAAAUUUUCUCCAAACUUGAUCAGAUUUAGAAAUUAAUUUAAAUCUUUUUAAAGUCUUAGUGUAUUCUGAUAGUGAUUUUUAUCAGUAAAAGACUGAGUACAUUAUGACUGUACCUGACUUCAUAAAGUAAUAAUCUCGUAACUAUUACUCUGUGAAAGAGAUUAAAUAUAUAGAUCAGUAUUUUUCUCUGAUAUAAGUGUCUUUCUCUGACAUAAAUUGUGCCUCUUACUGAGCCUGGUAGAAGCCAUAGGGUAUGAAUCAUAUUUACUUUCUGGCUUGAUCCUUGCAGAUCUUCGCCUGCGCUGUUCUCAUGUAGAAAAUGUGUUUCCACAUACACUGUUUCAGCUGUCCUCAGGCUUCCAACAGAACUGUUCUCAAAACUCAAUUUGAUAAAUCAAGUUGUCAAAUGUAUUAUAAUGCAAUUGAUAUGACUGUUGAACAGCUUUUGUAUGUUGUUUCUUGGAAGUGGCUACUUCCAAUUGAAUAGCCAUGUUUCUUGGUGCUAGUUUGGAUUCUGUUGUUGUAUCUCAUGUGAAACCAAUUUGGAACUGUCGGGUUUUUAAUGAUGUUGAUUAGAGCUAUGUGUAAGCCAUGUGUUUUCUUGUGUACCAAUAAAAGGGGAAGGUAGUAAUGUGUUUGAUCAGUCUGUCAGCAAGAGGGAAUCCAAAGAAUUAUUGGAUGACUUUGAAGAACUGAAUUUUCAGAUGAAGUUUCACAAGGUCACUGAUCUUAUUUCUGUAUUUAACUACUUGUGUACUGAUCAAUCUGGUCAGAUUAUAUUGAUCAAACAAGUUUGUGCAGCACUGCUUCUCACAGCAGA